AUGUUGACAUUUCGCCGAUGUGUUUCUAUUGGUUUGGCCUUUCUCUGCAGCGUCUUUGCCGCUUUGCCCAGUGCAGAAGUGGAAGCUUUGCGCGAGAUCUUUCAAGUGGCAAGCCUGCCCUGGGAGCAGGGGCAGGACCCAUGCGGCCUUCCUCAAGUGCAAUGCGAUAAGGGCAACCAGACCACAGAAUCGUUGAUCCUUAAUUCACUGAAACUGACUUGGCUGUCUGAUUCGAUUGGACGGUUGCAGUCCCUUGAAAGCUUGCAUUUGCAAGACAAUCAGCUAAGGUCGCUGCCAGAGUCCAUUGCGCAAUUGAAAUCCCUAGCAGUGCUGUUUUUGAACGGCAACCAGUUGACUGCUUUGCCGGUGUCCGUUAGUCAGUUGCCAUCCUUAAGGGAGCUUUGGUUGGAUAACAAUUACCUGACCAUGCUCCCAGACUCCGUUGGACAGAUGAAGUCACUGACAUCCCUGUACCUGAAAUCAAAUCAAGUGACUUCCCUACCCGAAUCUAUGGGACAGCUGCAGCUGUCGAUUUUGGAUUUGGACGGCAAUCAGUUGACCGUGCUACCAGAGCCCUUGACGAAUUUGCCGCUGAAGUACCUCCUCUUAGCGAGCAAUCAGCUGAUGUCACUGCCGGAAUCCAUUGCAGCGCUGCAAUCGCUUCAGGUGUUAAGGUUACCCUCCAACAAGUUAACGUCCUUGCCGGAGACCAUUUCGCAGUUGCAAAACCUUAUAAACCUGGAUCUUCACAACAACCGGCUUGCUUCACUUCCAGACUCUAUAGGUAACUUGAAAGCUCUGCGAGUCCUGAGUUUAGAUUCCAAUCGAUUGAACUCAUUGCCCGAGUCCAUUGCCAAUUUGAGUCGUCUAGGAAGUUUGUUCCUAGAUUCGAAUCGUUUGACAUCAAUACCGCAUCUAAUGUCGCCGUACUUGCUGGAAUUGAGAGUUGCCAAGAAUCGGCUCAGCAUUCCACCGGAGUUGGGUCAAAUGAUGCGGUUGCACGUGCUUUCCCUGCACAACAACUUCUUGGAAAGACUUCCUCCCCAAAGUUUGACCAGCUUGAAGCACUUGAAAGUUGCGUUGCUUCAUUCUAAUCGGAUCCGUGAACCCACUGAGAUUUGUCAACUUGGACGUCUUCGAUUGGAAACACUCUACUUGCACAGCAACGCCCUGAGAGGAAAAAUACCCCCAUGCUUGAGUCAAUUCAAGUCCUUGGAAGUUUUAACCUUGCACCGCAAUGCCUUAACUGGAGAAGUGCCCAAAAGUCUUCUUGGGCUUCCGAAUUUAGGUGUUCUCACCCUGCAUGGGAACAGACUCUAUGGCAAUCUUCCGCUAGAGCUGGCAACUGCGCCAAAGUUGUUUUUUUUCUCAGCGCACUCGAACCGUUUUGAAGGUCCCAUCCCACCAUUACACCUUCGCAAAGACUGUGUCAAUGACGAAUCUUUCCUGUCUGACUUCGACUCUUGUGAUGACUUUACUGUGUCAGGCUUGUGGGCAUUGGAAUGUCGCAGUGCGGAAAUUGCACUGCGAUGUCCCAAGGCGUGCGGAAUGUGUGACAAUGCCAGUGCCCGGGGUCCUGUUUUGCUGCUGCACGACAAUCGGCUGUCAUGCACCUUGCCGGAAGAAGUGACAGGCUGGCCCAAAGACGUGCGUUCAAUCUCCCUGGUUGGAAACAUGUUUCUUCUUCAAAUGGGUGGCAUUUUGUCAGCUGUGGCAAUGUUUUUGCUUGUCCUCUACCGCGCAGAUGCAACUUAUUACUUGUGCGGCAGCAGCUUCUCAUCAAUUACAGUGAGCAAUUUUUCGAAGCCCUACCGUGGCCAUGCGUUGAUCGAAUGGGCGUUGGCAAUUCUGUGGGCUGUCUGGAUUGCAGUCGGAGCAUUUUUUCUGAGACAUGCUCCCACACCUAGGGUGGCCAUCGUAGGAGAAGCAAUGUCCUGGUUGGAAUGCUUCCUGAAAUUUGUUUACAGUUGCUGUUGGCUGUGCGUCGUGGCUGUGUUAUCAUUCCCCUCUGUGGCCUAUGCUGUAGUAAGUGCCAUCCCGCACAACAAUACCAUGCAGCUGUCUGCUUGGUGGCUACAGUUCUUCCACUAUCAAGCUGCUUUGGUCAUGGUCUUGGUGGACAUGUUCAUCACUCCCAAAGCAGUUGCAUUUUUUGCAGAUGCCACCGGCAUGCGAAGAUCCAUGUUAUUCAUGGCGGCGCGUUUGGGGACCAUGUGGUUGGCCGCAGUGCUGAGCACCAUCUAUUUGACCACGCAUUGUAUGAACGGCUGGACCCAGUUGUGGAAGGUUUCUGGGUGUGUUUUUGUUUGUUAG